AUUCCUGAAGUAACUUCCUCUUGUACGCGUUCCCUCCAAAAGCAACCUUCAGCCACUAUUGGUAGAGCAAACAGCACCAACAUGUCGCAACCCAGCCCCCGGUCAGCUCUGGCAAAUGUUCCAAGAGUUGUAUUACAGCCGACCUGGGACAACACUGUCGCGGCGUCGUACCUUGUAAAAGGCACCAUUUUCUUCAUUGCGCAUCCAUUUCUUUACCCGCUACUACAAGCCCGCCUACUCCCAGCAUUUCUCCUCAGUGUGUUUGUGCUUCUCAACCUUUUCUUCUGGACCUUGCUACCCCAAGUCCUCUUUCUCAAGCUGUUCCACCCUGCGGGCAGUGCCUGGGUCAACGCCGUGUUUCUCGUCCUCGGAGAGGGAGCAGCCAUAGUUGCUCUACUAUUUGAGUCUUUCUUGGUGGAUGAAUCUCAAGUCGAUGUUUUCGACGCCGUCUUGGUGUACAAAGGCUAUGAAGACCUGGUCCGCCAAUCUCGACCCCUCUCCGAAGAUGCUAUGAACGAUCCUGUCCGCCGACUCGGCAAGCCCACACGCCCCUCGGUCUAUGCGCCCUUUUCGUUUCGUCAAAUCGCCGAGUUCAUCCUCCUACUGCCUAUGAACUUGGUACCAUACGUUGGCGUACCGAUAUUUUUGUUAUUGACGGGCUAUCGGGCGGGCCCGCUUCAGCACUGGAGAUACUUCCAGCUUCUAGGCUACGACCGCAAGCAAAGGAAUCUCGCCAUCAAAAGUCGACGAUGGCAAUACACUUGGUAUGGGACAGCGUACUUGUUCCUGCAACUUGUGCCGCCAUUCAGCAUGUUCUUUCUUAUGACAGCGCCGGCAAGUUCUGCUCUAUGGGCGGCUGAUCUGGAAAGACUGCGACGGGAGUGGGAGGCGGGGCCGGGUCAUGCGCCACAAUACACGGACGAACCGGAUGCGACCAUCUGAUUGUAGGUGGUGUACUACUAUAUUACACAAUCGUUUGCCCUUUUGUUGGGAUUCAGGGCGAGAAGCUCGAUGCAAUAUCAGUGCUUAGGAUCAUGUGAACACGCUAGGACGUUGUGGUGCGGCAAUGCUCGAUGUGACCGGAGCUUGACGCGUUGUGCAAGCUCUCUGCAGCCGUCAUGGCGGGUUCAUGGACGCAGUUGCAGCGAGGGAGAAGGCGCCUGGGCGACAGGCCAGUGCAUGGCGACUCGAAUAACAUGUGAAUGGACUGCAGUCGGCAGC